AUGGGCGAUUUCAUCGGUCGUCGUCUUGGCUUGAUCGCGUCUACAUUUCCCUUAUAUCAAUCCGAAACUGCUCCCAAAUGGAUUCGCGGAUUUAUUGUCGGCUCCUAUCAACUCGCCAUCACUGUUGGUCUUCUCCUCUCUGCUGUGUUGAAUAACGCCACACAUAAUCGAAACGACACUGGAUCCUACCGCAUUCCUAUUGCUGUCCAAUUUGCAUGGGCUCUCAUUCUCAUUGGCGGCAUGCUUGUUCUCCCUGAAACGCCCCGUUACAUGAUUAAACGGGACAACCAAGAAGCCGCGGCACAGAGCCUAACCAAACUUAGGCGCCUUCCAACAGAUCAUCCUGCCAUUGUGGAGGAACUCGCUGAGAUAUAUGCGAAUCAUGAAUAUGAAAUAAGCUUGGGCAGCGGAGGUUAUCUCGAAUGCUUCCAAGGGAAUCUCGGAAAACGUCUGUUAACUGGUUGCUUUCUUCAGGGGCUCCAGCAACUAACCGGUAUUAACUUUAUCUUCUAUUACGGUACACAGUUCUUCAAGAACUCGGGAUUCAAGAACGAGUUCGUAAUUAGCUUGAUUACUAGCUGUGUGAACACUGGUUCUACCUUUCCCGGUCUAUAUGCCAUUGAUAAGUGGGGCAGACGUCCCGUAUUGCUGUGGGGUGCUAUAGGCAUGACUAUAUCUCAGCUAAUCGUUGCUGUUGUGGGCACUACCACAACCAGCCAGAACGAAACAGGAACUAUCAUUGUUCACAACUUCGCCGCCCAGAAGGCUGCUAUUGCCUUCAUUUGUAUCUAUAUAUUUUUCUUCGCGGCGUCGUGGGGUCCUUCUGCUUGGGUUGUGACAGGAGAAAAUUUUCCUUUGAAAACCCGAGCCAAGUGUCUCACUAUAACCACUGCCACCAAUUGGCUCCUCAACUGGGUGCUUAGCUUCGCAACCCCGUACCUGGUGAACUAUGGCCCAGGUAAUGCGAAUCUAUAA